AUCGUGUAACCAUUUAUCGCAGCUAUACUUUUAAAAGUUUUCUAACAAUAAUAUUGAACAUCAUCAUGGCGAGUCGCAAUCCAGAAAUACGUGAAAUUGAGCACUUACUUCAAGUCGCAAAGACUGCAAAGGACAACUCAAAGACUUCUUCCUUGGAGAACAUGCUCAAACUCAUUUCAGACGAGCAAUUAGAAAAAGAUCGUGAAUUGGCUGAUGCACUCAGUACAUAUUUGUCAAAAGAAGCAUUACACGCACAAUUAGAAGCAGAAGUUGUCGAACUCAGCGAAAAACAUGCAGUCGUUAAAGAUAUAAACGCAAAAAUCAAGGAAAUCAUUGCUGAGAGACAAUCUUUCAACGAAAUGUACAAUAUUUAUUCAUUGAAAGAAACAGAGCCGAAAGAGUUUAUACAGCAGCACGGCAAUGGAAUAGAAACACUUACCAACACCUUGAAGGCACUCAAUGAAGAAAAUGACACUUUAUCCGAAGAAUUAAAAGGGAUUGAAGAACAAAAUCAGCUUGAAAUGUCAAAACAAACUGAAACUAUUAACAAGAUUCAAAGAGACAUCGAAGAAUCAACCGAAAACAAUAAAUUAUUAGAUGAGGCUAUAAACAAUAGUAAUGAUAAAUUAAAACAACUAAAAACCGAGUUUGAAGAGAAAGAAAAACAACGAAUUGCUGCGUUAGAUGAAAAUAAACAACAGCAAGAGUUGUUAGAGAAGAAAAAGCCAGAAAUUGAAGAUAAAGAAAAAGAAUAUGCAACCAAAGAAGCAGAACUCAAUGAAAAACACGCGGAAAUUGAUGAGAAACUCGAAGAAAUCCGGAUGCAAGCUGAUGAAAACAAAACAAUCAAUGAUAAUCAAUCAGAAAUAUUACUACGUCUUCAAGAGGAAUUACAAGAACUUGGAAAAGAUCUUCCUGAGGAUUUUUCAUUGACUCAACAAAAUGUUGAUUUACAACUUGAAGAAUUACAACAAAACAAACAAAAACUUUCUGAGCUUCAAUCAAUAUGCGAAUCUGCUACAAUCACAGCUGAAACAAUCGAAGAACUCGAUUUAAAAAUGGUGGAGGUUCAAGAAAAACUAACUUCCACACAAGCUGAAUUCGAUGAAAUCAAAAACGAUUUGAUAAAAAAGGAAACAGCAUUGAAUUCAGAGCUAAAACUUUAGUUGAUGAAAAAUUACAACUAGAAAACACUCGAAAAGAUCAACAAUCAGCUAACUCAGAGGUAAUAAAAGAGUCAAAGAAUAAUUUGGAUACAAUUAACACCGAUUAUAAUGCAAUGAAAGUUGCCUACAAACGAAACCACUCCGAAUAUAACUUAUUGAAGAACUUGAUCACUACUUGCAAGAAAGAACAAGCUGCGCAAAAGGCACCGAUUGCCCCUGCUAAGGUUGUAACAAAAUUAAUGGACACAACUGUUGCACAGCCGGAAAAGAAUAUGACCGACAGUGCUGCCAUCGUAAUGAACAGCAGCACGGACACAGAUGUAACUUACAACGGCGUUAAAGUCGAACCAUUUGAUAUCUCGCGUUUUAAACGCAGCGUUACUAAAAAGUAAAAAUUUUAGGUUAAAAGUUUGUAGUUGAUAAAUUUUAAGGUCAAAUUGCAUUUUAAACUGCUCAAAACCACCAAAAACUUGAAAAUGAACAGAAUUUUAGCAUAAAUGUUAAGAUAAAAACUAGAACGAAGUAAAUUUUAAGGUUAGGUUUGCUUAAAUUGCAAAAAUCGCGUUGUAAACUACACAAACCCACCAGAAAAUUAAAACUAACCUUAUUUUCUAAUUAAUUUUAAGGUUAAAUGUUAUAAUUAAAUUAAUUUUAAGGUUAGAUUUGAUAAAAUAUCGUUUUAAACUA